AUAGGUUUCGCGGGUAGAAGGUGUGCGCAGGCGCGGACACGGGCGCAUGCGCGCUCACUCCGGCGCGCCGUGCCGGCGGGGGCGGGGAUACGCGGUGUGCGCGGCCGGGGGCGGAACGGAGGAGGAGGCGGUGGUGGCUCGGCUGCGGGGUAGGAGUCCGCGGCAGCCUCCGGGUAAGCCAAGCGCCGCGCAGUGCUGAGUUCCCGCACGCCGCGGAGCCAUGGAGAUCGGCACCGAGAUCAGCCGCAAGAUCCGGAGUGCCAUUAAGGGGAAAUUGCAAGAAUUAGGAGCCUAUGUUGAUGAAGAACUUCCUGAUUACAUUAUGGUGAUGGUGGCCAACAAGAAAAGUCAGGACCAAAUGACAGAGGAUCUGUCCCUGUUUCUAGGGAACAACACAAUUCGAUUCACCGUAUGGCUUCAUGGUGUAUUAGAUAAACUUCGCUCUGUAACGACUGAACCCUCUAGUCUAAAGUCGUCUGAUACCAACAUCUUUGAUAGUAACGUGCCUUCAAACAAGAGCAAUUUCAGUCGGGGAGAUGAGAGGAGGCAUGAAGCUGCAGUGCCACCACUUGCCAUUCCUAGCACGAGACCUGAAAAAAGAGAUUCCAGAGUUUCUACGAGUUCACAGGAGUCAAAAACCACUAAUGUCAGGCAGACUUAUGAUGAUGGAGCUGCAACCCGACUAAUGUCAACAGUGAAGCCUUUGAGGGAGCCAGCACCCUCUGAAGAUGUGAUUGAUAUUAAGCCAGAACCAGAUGAUCUCAUUGACGAAGACCUCAACUUUGUGCAGGAGAAUCCCUUAUCUCAGAAAAAACCUACAGUGACACUUACAUAUGGUUCUUCUCGCCCUUCUAUUGAAAUUUAUCGACCACCUGCAAGUAGAAAUGCAGAUAGUGGUGUUCAUUUAAACAGGUUGCAAUUUCAACAGCAGCAAAAUAGUAUUCAUGCUGCCAAGCAGCUUGAUAUGCAGAAUAGUUGGGUAUAUGAAACAGGACGUUUGUGUGAACCAGAAGUGCUUAACAGCUUAGAAGAAACGUAUAGUCCAUUCUUUAGAAACAACUCGGAGAAAAUGAGUAUGGAGGAUGAAAACUUUCGGAAGAGAAAGUUGCCUGUGGUAAGUUCAGUUGUUAAAGUGAAAAAGUUCAAUCAUGAUGGAGAAGAGGAGGAAGAAGAUGAUGAUUAUGGGUCUCGAACAGGAAGCAUCUCCAGCAGUGUGUCUGUGCCAGCAAAGCCUGAAAGGAGACCUUCUCUUCCACCUUCUAAACAAGCUAACAAGAAUCUGAUUUUGAAGGCUAUCUCUGAAGCUCAAGAAUCCGUAACAAAAACAACUAACUACUCUACAGUCCCACAGAAACAGACCCUUCCAGUUGCUCCCAGAACUCGAACUUCUCAAGAAGAAUUGCUAGCAGAAGUGGUCCAGGGACAAAGUAGGACCCCCAGAAUAAGUCCCCCCAUUAAAGAAGAGGAAACAAAAGGAGAUUCUGUAGAAAAAAAUCAAGGAACUCAACAGAGGCAAUUAUUAUCCCGACUGCAAAUCGACCCAGUAAUGGCAGAAACUCUGCAGAUGAGUCAAGAUUACUAUGACAUGGAAUCCAUGGUCCAUGCAGACACAAGAUCAUUUAUUCUGAAGAAGCCAAAGCUGUCUGAUGAAAUAGUAGUGGCACCAAACCAAGAGUCGGGGAUGAAGACUGCAGAUUCCCUUCGGGUACUUUCAGGACACCUUAUGCAGACACGAGAUCUUGUACAACCAGAUAAACCUGCAAGUCCCAAGUUUAUAGUGACGCUGGAUGGUGUCCCCAGCCCCCCAGGAUACAUGUCAGAUCAAGAGGAGGACAUGUGCUUUGAAGGAAUGAAACCCGUAAACCAAACUGCAGCCUCAAACAAGGGACUCAGAGGUCUCCUCCACCCACAGCAGUUGCACUUGCUGAGCAGGCAGCUUGAGGACCCAAAUGGUAGCUUUUCCAACGCUGAGAUGAGUGAACUGAGUGUGGCACAGAAACCAGAAAAACUUUUGGAGCGCUGCAAGUACUGGCCUGCUUGUAAAAACGGGGAUGAGUGUGCCUACCAUCACCCCAUCUCACCCUGCAAAGCCUUCCCCAAUUGUAAAUUUGCUGAAAAAUGUUUGUUUGUUCACCCAAAUUGUAAAUAUGAUGCAAAGUGUACUAAACCAGAUUGUCCUUUCACUCAUGUGAGUAGAAGAAUUCCAGUACUGUCCCCAAAACCAGAUUGGAGACCAGUCCUGGUUUUUAUUUUGUUAGCAGUUGCACCGCCAGCACCACCUUCCAGCAGUCAGCUCUGCCGUUACUUCCCUGCUUGUAAGAAGAUGGAAUGUCCCUUCUAUCAUCCAAAACACUGUAGGUUUAACACUCAGUGUACAAGACCGGACUGCACAUUCUACCAUCCCACCAUUAAUGUUCCACCACGACAUGCCUUGAAAUGGAUUCGACCUCAAACCAGCGAAUAGCACCCAGUCCUGCCUGGCAGAAGAUCAUGCAGUUUGGAAGUUUCCAUGUACUGAUGAAAGACACUCUACAGAACUUGUCAAAUCUUUGAAACUUGGAAUAUAUUGCUUUCAUAAUAUGAAGUUUUAUUGCCUAUCUGAAGUGUCUAAUUUUUCAAGUUUGUAAGUUUAUUAAGUGGUUUUAACAUUGGGUGUUUUUGUUUUGUUUUUACUAUGAAAAGACAGCUUAAGGAAGAGCUAAAUUCUGUUAAAAUAUUUGGGGCAUGUGUGUGCACCGCCGUUGUGAGGAUCGGCAUAGGAAAUUGACAUCAUGGUUAGUAAUGGUACUCAGCUUAGGGGGCUACACGGUUGCUGUGAGUGGAGAGAUGCAGUGAGGCAGUUGUCAUUAUUCUAAAAAUUGAACUGCUUUCACUUUUCCCAAAGAUUAUAUAAUGUUCAUAAUCCACCAUGAAAACAGCAUUGGCCAAAGGUACUGAGGCUGCUUAAAAUAUUCAAUUCUGCUUUUUAAUUUUUAAAUGAAUUUAGUUUGAAACGGAUUAUACAGGCCUCUCAGGCUGAGUGCUACUUUGGUAAAGUUCCCAGUUUUCUUGCCUUCUGUGACAGGAUGAAUGAGGUGGGUAUGGACGGUGGAGACAGCUGGAAUGGCAGGUGCAGAAAA